CCUUAGUCUCAAUGUUUGCUCCAAUGGUGCUAUGUGGGUUCUCGUCGGCCUUGCCUCCAAAGCAGCUAUUUUGAGUUUUUUGUUGGUUGCCGGAGCUUCUGAAGACACUUGUGCAGAAGAGGGACACUGUGACUCCUCAGAGAAUGACGGGGUUUGCUUGGCGAUACUUGCAAAACCGCAUCACCAACAUGAAAUUCGUUUGAGAGUUAGACACAUUCUCAAACAUCAGCACUUCAACUUUGCGCAUGUGUUUUUGGUGGUGGAUUCUCGCAGCGAAAUCCCGGACCUACUGGCAGUAAACGCACAGAAGCUAGUCAACAGUGGGAAACUCCAUGAGUGGGUGACGGUGAACUACAGUGCUGAGUACAUUGACGAAGUCAAUACAACCGCAAAUUUACAUCCUGAAGAGCACCCGCCAGACUCGAGGUGGAAGGAGCGCCACCGUUCUGUUGCCUACAAAGAAUUCAAUGAAGACUAUGAAGAAGAGGUGCAGAUAGCACACUACUUUGCUAUCGACCGGUGCAAGCAGAGAUAUUUGGCGCUGAUGGACAUCGAAGUGUUAUGGAUGGUGCAAGAAAACUUCUCAUGGAUCAGGGAAGGCUUGGAGUUACUUUGGAGCAAUGAAGGCAUGGUCUUAGUGAUGCCAGCGUUCCCCGGAGUGGAGGUGCGCAAGAGUCGAUCUCGACCCUGGACAAAGACCAUUGAAAAGAUACAUACGACCUUGAAGUCCUCUGUCAAGGCAGCAGAAACAACAUGCGACCAUCCCUACUCAUUGGCUGGGUGGGUGAAUUUGUUGGACAUCGAGCGAUAUCGAAAAGUUGGACCCCGUCAACGCGUGCGUGAGCAUCGCUGUGGUGGGCAGCUAGUGAAGGGGAAGAGAUGCAAAUCCUUAGCUUUCAUCAGAGGCUGUGGUGGCAUGAGGCACUGGGAAUAUGCUCUGGAGUGUGUGAUUUGCAAUCGACCUGAUCUUCGUCAAGCCCAAUUGUUGGAUUGGAACAUGGCUUGGGUGCAGAAGGCUCCUAUCCUGGCCUUUCGUUCCGAACUGGCAGAGAUGCGGCAAGGCAUCAAAGCGAUUGAGAAUAAAUCCAUGUCCCCGGUGCUGGGGAUGGAUUUUGCCGUCAAGCCGAAAAACAAAUGAAGAGUGGUGGCAGAAUGGACCAGGAAAGAAUGAAGUGCAUCGAUCCGUAAAGAUCUACAACGAGUGCAGAGCCUUGCACACGCCCAUCAGUUUGUUCAUUGGCUUGGAGGUCUGCAUGGAGGCAUGAAAGGGGAACUGGCCCAAAGUUAUGUUUUUGUUUGUCGGCAUUCAAUUUUUUCUUGAAGAUUCUAUUCUGUAUGGACUUGCGCAGAGGAGAAUUAUGGAUCUCUCAGACGGGCAAGGUUUUCCACAGCCAUUCAACAGCUGGCAGAGGCUUUCAAUUGGCGAAAUCUGAAUCUGGGGAUGGCACAUUGAACUCCAAGAAGCUGAAGGUCCUUGUGCUCAACAUCUUGUAGACCUUGCACAGCACUUUGUGGCUGAGUUUUACUCCACAGAGACAGGAGCCUAUCAGUUGCAGCGAGUGUUUCGAAAAAGGUUGCGAGAAUGGCUUCAAUCGGGUUGCGAGUCAGCCGGGCACAUACUGAGGAAGCAGCCAGUUGGUGCGAAAUUUGCGUGAUGCUUGUAUUUGAAGUCUAUUUUGCUGCAGCACGGGCUCAGGCUGUGCUUCUGAUUAUCGUAGCAUGGGG